AUGGCUGAUUUAAAGAAGCCUCCGUCCAAGGAGCCUCUCUCCAAGGAGUCUCCAACGACAGACUGGCAUCGGGAGACGAUGCGAACCAAGUAUCACGAUCCGGUGAAGCUGAAGGACACCCUGAACAAGAUGUUCGGCGAGAACAACUACAAAGUGAGGGUCAUCAAUAACCGAUAUAUCCUCAUGCUCUCUAGACAGCCGAGGCAGGGUGAAAUGGAAAAGCUUGAAGAAGAGGCCAGGGAGCACUACAACGAAUAG